CGCUUUUCUGUCAGCCAUCAAGCAUUCUCUCCAUCGAAGAAUGGCCGUCCUCCAUCGUGUCUGCUGAUGCCAUGCCAUCCCCGUACCUCUACUAUCUAGCAUUCUUAUCCUAGCUCGUGAUCGACCCAAUUCCAUCUACGUCAUUAUUCCCUUUCAUCUAUAUACUACUCCUGCACCUUCCUUCCCCGCACCAGUACCUUGUAAGAAUACCAGGGGACUCCUAGUUGGAGCCUAGGCCUUUCCUUGCCGCGGUUGCAGGCUUCUCUGACCUGCUCGGGGAUCCUGUUCGCACGGUAUCGCUCCGGCAGGUUCCCUCUUGACAUUUCUAUUCUGUGAUUGAACAUUUACCCCCGCUAGCAUGUCUCUCAACCGGCUCUCCUACCUGGAGUCGUGGGUGCAGAACCCAGCUUCUUUCCGUCGUCGGCCUCGAGAACAGUCUCCUGGAGAUGAGUCUGAUGACGAUGAUCUAGCAUACCACGACCUCCCCGAUGCCUCCUUGUCGUCGUCCUUCCCCUCGACCUAUAGCCAUCACUCGUUCCGGCACCGUUUGAAUUUCAACCCGUACGCUGGGCCCGGCUGGAACGAGCCCGCGGUAGACGAGGCCAAUGCCGACAGAAUCUCUGUGCGGAGAGAGGCGCUAGAUUUGCCUGCGCAAGACCAAGAGGACCAGCCCCAGAGAGCCCCGCUGGUUCCGGAGGCCAAACCCCAGGAAUGGGAAGGCUUGGAAACCACAGGAGCCUUUGAGGUUGGGCGCACCCGACGAAUCUUGCAGGUUUGCAUUGCGGUACUAUACUGCUUUUUCUCGGCGGGGAUUGUCUUUGGAUUCGCCGCGAUCAAGCCGGUGUUUAUCAAAGAAGGCGUCUAUCGCGAUCAGUGCUCUCCCGAUGAGCUGGACGAGGGCCAAGCGGUAUGCUACGGGCAGGAAAUUCGUCUGAAUCUCAUGUUCACGAUUGCGGCUGUCGUAACCAACGUUUCUGCCCUGCCCGUAGGCACCAUUUUGGACAGCUAUGGCCCGCGUGUAUGUGGCAUAUUGGGAUGCGCUUUUCUCGUUAUUGGAUCUCUACUGCUUAGUCUCGCCCCUGCUCUGCCUUUCGAUGCCUACAUUCCUGGUUAUCUCGCGUUGUCCCUGGGCGGUCCAUUUAUGUUCAUUUCCUCGUUUCAGCUAUCCAAUACGUUUUCUACACGCUCGGGGCUUAUACUAUCGUCGCUGACGGGUGCCUUUGACGCCUCCAGCGCACUGUUCUUAAUCUUCCGUUUGAUGAAUGAGGCAAGCGAUGGGAGUUUCACAUCGCAGAAAUUCUUCCUGGCAUACUUGAUCGUGCCACUCUUCAUAUUAGCUGUGCAAUUAACUAUCAUGCCGGCCACCUCGUACAAGACUGCCGGAGAACUCGUCCAGCAAGCUACGAUACACAUCUCCGCGGAGCUGAACGACCGGGUGGAUGCCGGCAUCCAAGACGCCAACGAGGGUGAACGCCAACGCAACGACCGUCGCGUCCGUCGCCGAAGCAUCGUCAGCAAGAUCCAAGACCUCCUCACUGACGGCGGCGACGACGCCUCGGCCAUCCCCGAUCCGGUCCUCGGUACUAAUCAUGAUGACGCUAACGGUCUCCCGCCGGCCCGUCAGCAGCAGCAGCAGCAGGGCGAAACGCACACCGCCGGUGGCGUCUGGGGUGCCAUGCACGGCCGCUCCGCUUUCGAACAGAUCCGGUCCCCUUGGUUCGUGCUGAUCACACUCUUCACAGUCCUCCAGAUGCUCCGCAUCAACUACUUCGUCGCCUCCCUGCGCUCACAGUACGAAUACCUGUUUGGCUCGCACGAUGCCGCCCGCCGCCUCAAUGAAUCGUUCGACUUCCUGCUUCCCAUCGGUGGUCUCCUCUCCAUCCCCUUUAUUGGGACCAUUAUCGAUACCGCCAGUACGCCUUUCGUCCUUCUCGUCCUGGCCACCACGGCCACAAUCAUCGGCAUCCUCGGGUGUAUCCCAGACAGCCUGCAGGCCGGGUACUCGCACAUCGUGCUAUUCGUCAUCUACCGCCCUUUCUACUACACUCUCGUUUCAGACUACGCGGCCAAAGUAUUCGGCUUUCAGACUUUCGGCAAAGUCUACGGGCUUAUCAUCUGUCUUGCUGGGCUGGGGAACUUUGCCCAGGCAGGGCUCGACGCGCUCACUUUCAAGACGUUCCACAGGAAUCCAAUCCCUGUUAAUACUGUUCUCACGGCGUUGACCUUCUUGAUUGGUUCCGCGUUGGUCUUGUUCGUAUGGUGGAAGGCUCGCACGAUGGCUCUCUCUCCCGGUGGUCCAGUCACAGGGUUAGAGCAACACGCGGAUUUGGAAAACGGGGUACUUCCUAAUGGUAUUACCGCAAGAGAUUGGGAACAGGAACCGCUGCUGAAUCGGCGUAUCUCGCCGGCCAACCAUCACGGAGAGAUGCCUUCUUAUGGGACUACGAAU